AUGCCGCAAUCAACAAUAAGCAGUUCUCAUAUCUGGACAGCGGCCAUCGCUGCGGGGACUGCUGCGGUCAUCUACUUCUUCACAAAGUUCUACGCGGCCCGAGAGAGGAUAUGGACACUGCAGAGAGCGAACCUACCGAUGCCGAAGUUCUCCUUUCUCGGAGGUCACUUCCCAGUGCUCGGCAAGGUCAUGCGCUCCCUGCCAUCAGAUUCCAUCGUGCAUAACAUUAUGUGGCAUAUCUCACAUGACUACCCAAACGGUAUCUUCUACAUGAGUCUAUGGCCGUUCACCGGGACCGUGAUGAUCAUCGCCGAUGCGGAUGCUGCAUCUCAGGUCGAAGGUCGUAUCAUCGGCAAAGGACCCGACAUCAUUCCUCCUUUGGAGACCAUCACCGGGGGCAAGAGCCUCUUGACUAUGGAGGGAGAAGAGUGGAAGAAGUGGCGACGUUUGUUCAACCCUGGCUUCAGUGCGGGUUAUAUGAUGGGUUUGGCGCCUCUGAUUGCAGACGAGGUCGCUGUCUUUCGGCAGAAGCUGCUAGAUCGAUGCUCGGAAGGAGUCAGCGAGGUUUUCCAACUGGAGGACUUAACCUUGAGACUCACUUUUGACAUCAUCGGAUCAGUAGUCCUGGACGUCCGUCUUCGUCACCAAGUUGAAGACCACCCACUAGCCACGGCGCUCCGCAGACAGAUCGAGUGGACGACGUUCUCAGCACCUUUGAAUCCCUUGACCAAAUACUUUACAGUCCGGCCACUCGUGCACUGGCUCAACGGUAAGCAUUUGGACAGAUGCAUCGGCAAGGAGCUUGAUGAGCGCCUCACAGACUACUUCAGUCAGCAACCAUCGUCGGCGAGCAAAGCCCCUUCAAAGUCUGUAGCGUCCCUAUUCAUCGAUGAGUAUGUGAAAGAGAUGGGUGAAAAGAGAGUAGAAGACACUAAAGAGGCCAUCAAAAAGAUCAUCACCCCGCAAGUGAGACUUUUCCUACUAGCCGGGCAUGAUACAACCAGCAGCACACUGCUAUACUGCUAUCAUCUCCUCUCGAAGAAUCCCAAGAUUCUUUCCCGAGUGGUAGAAGAGCAUAACGAGAUCUUUGGCCUAAAUUCGUCCCAAGUUCAAGACAAGAUCCACCAAGACCCUCAACUUCUCAAUAAGAUCCCGUACACCUUGGCUUUCAUCAAGGAGGUGCUUCGUAUCUAUCCUCCAGCAGGCGCUAUGCGAGAAGGAAGCUCAGAUCUGGACAUCAUCGACGAAGACGGCCGCGCACACCCGACCGAGGACUGCAGCAUCUGGACGCUCAUCCUUGCCAUCCACCACAACCCAAAAUACUGGAAGGAUCCAGAGCUCUGCAUUCCAGAACGCUGGCUGGUUGGGCCAGAAGACCCUCUGUAUCCUCACAAAGGGGCCUGGCGGCCGUUCGAAUGGGGCCCGAGGAGCUGCAUAGGACAGACGUUGGCGCUCUUAGAACUCCGAAUUGCGUUGGCGAUGACUGUCAGGGAGUUUAAGAUAACGGCCGCCUAUGAUGAGUGGGAUCAGCUCCAUGCUAAGCGUGGGAUCAAGACUAUCAAUGGCGAUAGAGUUUACCAAGCUGCAAAAGGAGGAGGCGGAGCUCAUCCAGCCGACGAAUUUCCUGUCAGGAUCGAGCUGCGAUAG